GAUUCGAUCAUGGAUAUUGACGGAGUUGACGAUGAUGUUCGUCUUUUAUUAGAUCCUGACCUCUUGCAGCAGCAGCUGCUCCCUGCUUUGUCUUCUCCUGCUGCUCCCCUCAAAGCUAGCUCCCUUAUUGCUCACCAACUCUUCUCCCACUGGCUCUCCCUCCCACACACUGCCACAUUGGUCAAGUCUUUGAUUGAUGAUGCUAAAUCUGGAACACCAGCUAAUGUUUCCAAGAUCAAUGUUUCUGGUGCAAGUGCUUUGCCUGCUGUCUUUCUCAGCAGCACCACUCCCCCACUUUCUCCACGAAGCUCCUCUGGUUCCCCUCGUUUCUCUAGGCAAAGGACUACUACCCCUCCAUCCCUCCAGUCUCCUCUCGGUUCACUCAAGGAACCAAAUCCCCAACUCAUUCCUCAGUUCUACUACCAACACGGGCGUCCCCCAGCAAAAGAAUUAAAAGAGCAAUGUAUAUCCAUGGUUGAUCAAGUUUUUAGUAACUAUAUUGAUGGACUACGUGUGGAUGAAUUCAAAUCCAUUACGAAAGAAGUCUGCAAGCUGCCUUCUAUUAUUUCUCCUGCACUUUUCACACAGAUAGAUCCCAAUUGCACUGGUAUAGUUACAAGGGAUGCAUUUAUCAAGUAUUGGAUUGAUGGAAAUAUGUUGACUAUGGACACAGCCUCCCAGAUAUAUCACAUACUAAGGCAGCAGGGCAGCAACUACCUCAGACAGGUCGACUUCAAACCAGUACUUGAUGAGCUUCUGGCAACACAUCCUGGGUUAGAAUUUCUGAGGAAUUCAAGCGAAUUUCAAGAAAGAUAUGCUGAAACUGUCAUCUUCAGAAUAUUUUACUACAUUAACAGAUCGGGAACUGGUUGCCUUACUCUUAGAGAACUGAAACGUGGAAAUCUUAUUGCUGCUAUGCAACAACUUGAUGAAGAGGACGACAUCAAUAAAAUUAUUAGGUACUUCUCCUAUGAGCACUUCUACGUCAUAUACUGCAGAUUUUGGGAACUUGAUAGUGACCAUGACUGCUUUGUUGAUAAGGAUAAUCUCAUCAAAUAUGGUAAUCAUGCCCUUACCUAUAGGAUUGUUGAUAGAAUAUUUUCACAGGUUCCUAGGAAGUUUACGAGCAAAGUUGAAGGGAAGAUGAGUUAUGAAGAUUUUGUAUACUUCAUUCUCGCCGAGGAAGACAAGUCUUCCGAGCCUAGUCUUGAGUAUUGGUUCAAGUGCAUAGACUUGGAUGGAAACGGGGUGAUCACGCGAAACGAAAUGCAUUUUUUUUUCGAAGAGCAACUGCAUCGCAUGGAAUGCAUAACCCAGGAACCUGUUCCCUUCAACGAUAUCCUAUGUCAAAUAAUUGACAUGAUUGGACCAGAGAAGGAGAACUGCAUCACCCUCAAGGAUCUGAAAGGAUCCAAACUUUCAGGAAACGUAUUCAAUAUACUAUUCAACCUCAAUAAAUUCAUGGCAUUUGAGACACGUGACCCCUUUCUGAUUCGCCAGGAACGGGAGGAACCAAAUUUGACAGAAUGGGAUCGAUUUGCUCAGAGAGAGUAUUUGAGGUUGUCAAUGGAGGAAGAUGUAGAGGAAGUAUCAAACGGAAGUGCAGAUGUGUGGGAUGAACCACUUGAACCUCAAUUUUAGUUCACACUGCGUCUGAGCUCCUAACGACAAAACGUAUAUCCAUGAUCAGAGAUUUGUUGGUUACUGUUGUUUCCAGACGCUCAUGGCAGUAGAGAUUCAUCACCAAUUAUUCCCAAGGAGUCUGCCAAUUUCAUGAAAUUUUGGCAUUUUUGUUUCGGUUUCAUAUCAAUCAGGUUGGGCCUCUCUCCCUCUUUUACAUCAGCAUGUGUCCAUAUACAGUAUAUUAAUUAUGCUCUUAAACUGAGAAAAUCAAAAGAAAAUGUACAAAGUAUUGUGGACUCUUUUAUUUUUCUCAAGUUGGUUUGGACUUUGGAGUUUUGAAUAGGAGAUUCGUUUGAUUA